AUGCCACAGUACCCUUGUGGUAUUUGUGGCAAUUAUGUAAGUUCUAAUCACAAAGUUGUGCAAUGUGAUUAUUGUAACAAAUGGAUCCAUAUUCGUUGUAAUGGCCUUGCUAAUGGUUGUAAUGUAAUGGCUGUAAUAUGGUUGUAUGGUUUUAGUUUUUGUGGAGAUAUCUCAAACCAAGGGGGGAAUGUAGUUGUUGGGUGCAUCCACAGACAUCAUAGCAUGUCAGUGGAUGAAUUCAAUACACUAUAUUUGUCCCCUUUAAUUAGAAACUAUACAACAUCCUCUUUCUCCUUGCUUCCUCGUAUAAUUCUUCCUACUAGAAUAACUAAUUCCUCCAGCACCCUUAUAGAUAACAUUAUUAUUAUUAUUAUUAUUAUUCAUCUUUAUACAGGUUUAUCUACGUCAGUAUAUCAAGAAACACGAUGUAAGAAACGACGGAUGACGUCAUCACACAAUCCAUACAUUUUCUCUAAUACAUCUAACUUUGACAACAUGUCUGGUAAUAUUUGUACUGCAAUCUCUGACCACUUGCCUCAGUUUUUAAUCUUCCAAAAGAAAGCUGUAAUCUGCCCACCUGAGAAUAAUGCCAUUGUCAGAGAUUGGAAAAAAUUUGAUAAUGAAAAUUUUAUCCUCGAAAUUAUUGACACUAAUUGGGAACAAGCCCUUGAAAUUGAAUCUGAUGAUGUAAAUCUCUCCUUUGAUAAAUUCAUCAACAGGGUGGAUGGCCUUCUUGAUCAGCAUGUGCCCACAAGCAGACAACAAUUUGUGUCAAUUAAUGGAACUGAAUUUGAGUACAAACUUGUUAGACAUGGUGUACCACAAGGAUCUGUUUUAGGCCCUCUUCUCUUUCUUAUUUAUAUAAAUGAUUUAAAUUGUGCCAUAAAAUUUUCCAUGGUUCAUCACUUUGCUGAUGAUACCAACCUAAUAUGUUUUGAUAAGUCUUUAAAAUAUCUUUCUAAAAGAAUCAUAAUGGAUCUAAAAUUUCUUAUCCAAUGGCUCAACGCCAACAAAAUCUCUCUAAAUGCAAGUAAAACUGAAUAUAUCCUGUUUAAGCACAAGCUUAAACCAACAAACUAUAACUUCAAAUUAUUCAUAACGGCAAGAAACUCUUCCCCAGUAACUGCAUUAAUGGAACAGAAAACUGUGUACCAUGCUAUCUUUGGUAGCCAUCUUCGUUACUGCAAUGCAAUUUGGGGCCAACCUGGUCAUCACUAUAUUGAUCGUAUUUACUGUUUACAACGUUGUGCAGUUAGAGUAAUUUCUUUUGCGCAAUGCAGAAUGACUUCUACCCAUCUUUUCUCUAUUCUUAAUAUUUUAAAAUUUGCUGAUUUGGUUCACUUGAAAAAUUUAAUUUUUCUGUACAAUUUAUAUCACGGAAAACUCCCAGAGGCACUUCUUGAUACUUACAAAGUUGACUUUUCCCACUCUUUCCGGACUCGUGGAUCUAUUCUUGGUUUGAUAAAUCCCCCCACUGUGUUAACUAAAUCCUUCGGCUUGAACUCUAUUCGAAGUCAGUCCAUUUAUUCAUGGAAUUUUGUACAAAACGCCUUUCCUUCAACUCAACUAGUGUCUCUCACCUCUCCUAAACUAACUUCUUCUCUGAUCCAGUUCUUUUUCUCAUUGGUGGCCAGCAUCUUUUCAUAG